GGAGGAAGGAUGCUCUAAUAGGCUGGGAUUGUCGGCGACUUGCUGCAGUCGAUGCUGCAGUUUUGAGCCGCUCCUGCACUGGGACAGCUGACUCGAUGAGAAAGACAUGCUCGCAUUCGUUUUGGUGUCUGGCUCGCUCUGGAUUAUAUUAGAGCUGAGUUCCACCCUGAUGGAGAAGAUGCAGGCCCAGGAUAUAAUGAGCGGCCUGAGGAUACCGGAGAUGGACGAGCUGGGACAGUUCUUUCGCUCCUUGCCGACCUCCACGCUGGUGGGGAUCGGCGCUCUGACUGCCGUGCUGGCGUACUGGUUGGCUACCAGACCCCGCCCCAUCAAAUCACCCUGCAGCCUGCUGCACCAGUCCGAGGAGGUGCUGCAGGAAGAUGGAGGUCGCAGGUCCAUGUUGGGUGACGGCUCCAAGCUGCUGACUCAUUACCAUGAUGACGCAAGGACCAUGUACGAGGUCUUCCAGAGAGGCCUCCACAUAUCUGGUGAUGGACCUUGUUUAGGCUCGCGGCUCCCUAACCAGCCUUACAAAUGGAUAUCCUACAAAGAGGUGACGGCCCGAGCUGAGUAUCUGGGUUCAGGUCUUCUGCACCAGGGCUGCCAGCCCAACCCCAACCAAUUCAUAGGAGUGUUUGCCCAGAAUAGGCCAGAGUGGAUCAUCUCAGAGCUAGCAUGCUACACCUACUCCAUGGUGGUGGUUCCCCUUUAUGACACACUGGGCCCAGACGCCAUACGGUUCAUCAUUAAUACUGCUGAUAUCUCCACGGUCAUCUGUGAUAAAGUAGAUAAAGCUCAGGUGCUUCUGGAUAACGUGGAGCGGAAGGAGACACUGGGCCUGCGAAGAAUCAUCCUGAUGGAUGACUUUGACUCCGCCCUCAUUGAACACGGCAAGAGCUGCGGCGUCCACGUGCAGGCCAUGCAGGAAGUCGAGGCUCUGGGCAGAGAGCACCACAGAAAACCUAUACCACCAGCACCAGACGACCUUUCCAUUGUGUGUUUCACCAGUGGAACCACAGGAAACCCAAAGGGAGUCAUGCUCACACAUGGGAACGUGGUGGCAGAUUUCUCAGGAUUCCUCAAAGUAACAGACAAAGUCAUUUGUCCCAACCAAGAUGAUUGCCUCAUUUCCUUCCUGCCACUGGCUCACAUGUUCGAGAGGCUCAUUGAGUCUGUGGUGUACUGCCAUGGAGGACGGAUCGGGUUCUAUCAGGGCGAUAUCCGCCUCCUCCCAGAUGACAUGAAGGCCUUGCGGCCGACCAUUUUCCCUGUGGUGCCUCGACUGCUAAACCGCAUGUACGACAAGAUCUUCAGCCAGGCUAACAGCCCGUUGAAGCGCUGGCUGCUCAACUUUGCUGCCAAGAGAAAAGGUGCUGAAGUCAGCAGCGGGAUCAUUCGCAGUGACAGCUUCUGGGACAAAAUCUUCUUCAGUAAGAUUCAGGCCAGCCUCGGAGGAAGACUGAGGAUGAUUAUAACAGGAGCAGCUCCUACCUCACCAUGUGUCCUGGGAUUUCUCAGAGCAGCACUGGGAUGCCAGGUGUACGAGGCGUACGGCCAGACAGAGUGCACAGCUGGCUGCACCUUCACCACACCCGGAGACUGGACCCCAGGUCAUGUCGGGGCCCCGCUGCCAUGUAACCUCAUCAAACUCUUGGAUGUUCCUGAGAAGAACUACUUUGCCUCUAAGGGAGAGGGAGAGGUUUGUGUGAAGGGACCAAACGUGUUUAAGGGCUACCUCAAAGACCCGGAGAGGACGGCCGAGACGCUGGACGCAGACGGCUGGCUUCACACCGGGGACAUUGGCAAAUGGUUGCCUAACGGCACACUGAAGAUCAUUGACAGGAAGAAACACAUAUUCAAGUUGGCGCAGGGCGAGUACAUCUCCCCUGAGAAGAUCGAGAACAUCUAUAUUAGGAGCGAACCUGUGGCACAGCUCUAUAUUCAUGGAGAUAGCCUGCAGUCCUGUUUGGUGGGAAUUGUGGUUCCUGACCCUGAAGUCAUGCCUGAAUGGGCCAAGAAAAAAGGCAUAUUAGGCACCUACAAGGACCUCUGUAAAAACACGGAAUUAAAGAAGGCAGUCCUUGAGGAUUUGGUGCGUCUGGGUAAGGCCAGUGGCCUCCACUCUUUUGAGCAGGUGAAGAACAUCUACAUCCACAGUGAGAUGUUCUCCAUCGGAAACGGCCUCUUGACUCCGACGCUAAAGGCCAAGAGACCGGAGCUGAAGGAGUUCUUCAAGGAGAAGAUCGAGCGGCUCUAUAGCAGCAUCUCCAUGUAAAGAGCUCAUUUUCCUUCAAGCAUCUUAACACUUUGACCAUUGACCUGCAGUGGGACAAAGAUGUGACAAUUUAGGCUUAACAUGCUUUGGGAAAGCAAGCCAAACCUGCCCCUGUUGUGGAAGACUUACAAUGUCAAUAAAGAAAACAAAUCAAAGAAAUAAAGUGAAAUAAAAUACA